UCUCUCUCCCAUGCCAGCAUCACUCCCUUCGUACACGCUGUCCUCAAAACCUCCAGCGGCAUUACCCGCAUCGGUCUGUGUAUGCUGAGCCGACAGGGAGGAGGUGGGAUCUAGCUACUGGUGGUAGUGGGCUUGCAAACGUUUACGUGCGAAUCGUGCAGAUUUCCAUCCACGAAUCCCAUUGCCAAAGACGUUUUUUUGGGGGGGAAAUCACGACGAGAAAGCCCCUCGCGGGAUACCCCUCACUGCUAACGACAUACAUUCAUCCACCACUGUUAGCUACCUUCUUUAUUUAUCGCCGGGUUUUUUUUUUUUGCCCUCUGUUCCCCAUUCAGACCCAGCGAGGAAUCCCGUUAACCACAACCGCCACCGUCGUCAACAUCACAGGCGGGGGCUGUGUGAUGAGGAGGUCGCCCUGCAGCAGAGGACAGGUUCGGUUAUUUUAAGAUAAGGCGGUUUUUAUUGCCAGGACAGUCUUCGCUUUCCGUCUGAGUCGAUUUGUCGCCUUUUAAAGCCUUCUAGCACCCCGAGUGUGUGUGAAGAAAUACAUAACCGAAGAUUUGUAACAUAGCUAGAUACUUCUGGGGCUGAGGGAAUCGCUGAAUAUCCAUGAGCUCCGAUUUCCCGCACUACAGUUUCAGGAUGCCAAAUAUAGGGUUCCAGAACCUUCCCCUCAAUAUCUACAUUGUGGUGUUUGGGACAGCCAUCUUUGUCUUCAUUCUCAGCCUCCUCUUCUGCUGCUAUUUAAUAAGGUUACGGCAUCAGGCACACAAAGAGCUAUAUGCAUACAAACAAGUCAUUCAGAAGGAAAAAGUCAAAGAGCUAAAUUUGCAUGAGAUAUGUGCCGUGUGCUUGGAGGAGUUCAAACAGAAAGACGAGCUGGGGAUUUGUCCAUGCAAACAUGCCUUUCAUAGGAAGUGUCUCAUUAAGUGGUUGGAGGUGAGGAAAGUGUGCCCGCUGUGCAACAUGCCCGUCUUGCAGCUCGCCCAGCAGGCUAGCAGCAUGGAUCCCCCUGCGCCCAUACAGCAGCCUCUGCCCGGGAUCGAGAACCUGGUGUAGCGGACUCGUAGCCUCUCCUACAGUACACUACAGAAACACACAGUCACACAUCCCAUCAGUCAUACUUUCACCUUUACAGGUAUGAGUCUGUGGACAGACCGGAGAUACUGGAGUUAAUGCGCAGAUACUCACAAAAACUGUGAAUCUGCACCUCUCUUAUCCUUUCAUUGGUUCACAAAAGGAUUUCCUUAUAUCAGUUCUGACUGAUAAUCAACUGUGUUCAUGUUUUUCUUUUCGCGGACAAUGAAGAAGAGUUGAUGUAGAAGCCAAGACUUGGUCGAUAACUUUUUCACAACCAAAGCACUUUUCUGGGGACACCAGCUAAAGACCAGGAGAAAAAAACACAAAAGCCAAGAACUACAAUACACUAAAAAAGAUUUUUUUAACAAGCACUUUACAAGAAGUCAAACCUUAAUUGCUUGUGAUCAUAGUAGCAAGGUCAUGUUUUAUAUUUUAUCAUUAACUAUUAUUUCUAUGUACAGUACAAAGCCACAUGGGUUUUUAUUUUUCAUUAGUAAACUUUGAUUUUUAAACAAUAUCUCAAAGGGACAACAAUGCCUAUGUUGGUAGAUGUCAGGAAAUUUGGACAAUGCUUUGUAUUCUAAUUGCACACACACACACACACACACACAUAAGACAUUAAGCUCAAAGCAACCUCGAGACUUUAUGUCUGACUAAAUGUGAAAGGUUUGAAUGUGUUGAAACCCAUAAUUUUUCACACUAAGCCUAUAGAAUUUGUCAUCACCUGUCUGUCCUUAAUUACAAUGUGACUGUUGUUAUUAAUCCUCAUUAUUCUGUCAAUACAGGAAGCUGAUAAAGUGAAGAAAUUAUAUUUUCAUUGGAGGAAUUUACCGGAUAACAUCCUCUAUAUACGAGUGCUGUUAGGCAAGCGCAGGUAUAUAUACUGUCCCCCCAGGCAUUACUCAUGAUUUUUCUUUAUCAGAAAAACAUUUCAGGGCCUCUCCAACAGAAAAUCAGAGUUUCAAAGUAACUAAUUCAACUACUGUGUACUAUUAUCUAAACCAGUAUUUGUGUGUAUAACCUGGUGCUUUAUCCAUAGAGCUGUUUUACAGAACAAACACCAGUAAUGAGGCAAUAUUAAACAAAAUGUAACGUAAAUGUUCCAGUUUUAUUUUGCUCUGCUGCUGCAUCAGUUCAUUUUAUUGAAGCUAAGCUGUGUGAAUGUUACAGUGUCUUGCUUCAGAUUAAGAUCAAGAAACUUGACAAAACAAAACAACAAAGGUUGAACAGCCAUGUUGAUUUAUCUUAAACUAGCAUCACAUAUCUUGCUCGAAAAUUAUUUAUAAUUCAAUGUUGAAAGAGACCAGGAUGAAGCAGGCUUGUGCUGUUCAGCUCCUACUUAAAAUGUGCUGCAUACACAGUUGCAGUUAUUUUUGCUUCUUCCCCAAUAGAUGAUCUGUAUUUAUUUUUUAAUUAAAUAUAAUUUCUUGGUACAGCUGCAUAGAGUGAAUGAGUUAGUGGAUUUGACACCUGCAUCAGAAUUACUGCCCUCAGCAUAUCAUCAGCAUAUCUUUUGGUCAAGAGACACACUGCUUUGUAAAACACACACACACGUGCACACACGGGGAGGGGCUCGAACUGCCAGAGUCAGUGGUCAGCAGGUUGUAAUGAAGCAGCAUUUUCAUUCAUACACACACACACACAUACGUACAGGGUAGUGCUUUUUAGCCGCAGUAUUCUGGUGCUUUCGCCUCUCUCCCUCUUUCUGUACGGUACAGGGUGCUUUUUGUUUUGUGCUACACAUACACACAUGCAGUGCCACACAUACUGUAAGCCCUGCCGGCUUUUGUGGUCAUUUUUUUGCCCUUGUCCCUUUUUAGCUGCAUUUGAUGAAUGUGUUGUGGGUAAAUGUGCUGAUCUAAAAUGGUGGCAAAAAAAAAGCUGUGCUUCAGAGUGAUCGACCUAAGAUAAGUUGGAGAUUGUCUUUUACCUAUGAUAUGUUUAUUAUAUAUAUAUAUAUAUAUAUAUAUAUAUAUAUAUAUAUAUCUUUAAAGACAUAAUCCGUGAUCCAAAACAAACAAAGGUAGUCCCACUUUAAAAAAAUAAAACCAAAAAAUGGAACCUGUUAUCAGGACUGACAUAAUGAAAUACAUUAGACAACAUUUAAAUCAAAUUUUGCAAUGUGUUCUGGUGCUGUAAAAGGCUUGUUUACAUGUUCUUUUAUGUUUAAAAACAUUACUGAGGGAAAAUAAACAACCGAACAGGCUUAUAUAUAUUUUGAAUUCUGAUAUCUUUGUGAAUAUACUUAAAAAUAACAAAAUAAUAUGUUGAUUGUACCUUUAACAACACAAAAUUCCCAAUUAGACUGUAUUCUCUAACACCAAACACUGUCAUGGACAGAGUUGCGCAGGUUCCAAACACAUGAAUGGUUUUAAAAAGUGACAAUACAUUUCACCUUCUAUGGCAGGAAAGCAUUGUUACUCCGACCUCUGUGGUUUGAAUGUUUCAUCUCUGUUGAAUGUCUGCCCACACCCUACAGUGAUGACCUCUGUGGUUGGGUCAGAGCAUGCAGCAAGGUGAAAAUGUCAACUGUUAGAUGAGAGCAAAAGCAGGAUUUCUCUCUCCUGUGUGUAGCAUAUUAGUCGGUUGUUCCAUGCCCUUAACAAGGUCCAAUCCUCUGACAGUAAUGCAGCACUAUGCCACCACUGAUGAGAAACUAUUAACCUGUUAAAGCAACUCAAAUUCAAAGAAACAUAUUGCCCACAUUAGCCUUAUUUGAACAAAAACUGCCACAAUUACAAAACAAAACAAAAACAAGGCUGUGUUAAUUGGCAAUAUCACAAUAUUACAACCUCUUCACUCUACAGUAUAUUAUUAAUUGUCAUUUUUAUUGCCUGGCCUUUCAGUGAAGAGGUUGUGGCUUUAUGUUGAAGAAAAUAAGCAGCAUAAGAGCGUCUCUUUAGUAUGUUGUGUGAUGUACAGUAUUUGGUACCUUUUUGCUUCUCAGUCUUUGGUUUAGAGGACAUUCUCCCUCAUACCAUUAUCCCCAAAACGUCACUAUGUAAACUAUACAUCGGCGAGUAUUUCUGCCACUGUCGCUGAAAGACGACAUAUUUUGUAGCUCAGUGCUAAUAACACAAGUCUUAAAGCUUUCUUCCUGCUAAUGGCGUUGUCUUGGAAUGUAAGGUUCACGAGAUGAAAGCAAAGAAUAUGAGGCGAUUUAAUGUGAAAGCAUGCUAUUUUGCAUAGUCAAGUUGCCACUGAUAUCACCACUGUUAAAUGUAUGUAGACACUAGUAUCAGUAGUGGUGUAUUUAUACAGAAGGUGCACAAAAAACGUUCCUUCAUAUAAACUAAAUGGCAGCUGAACACUUCCUGCCAUUUGGCCAUCCUAAGUGUUGUGUUUGAUUGUAAACACUUUUAGCCUUUCCACCUGAACUUCCCCGUUUCCUCCCUGUGUGCCGUCCUAAUCCCACUGAAGUGCCAACCCAAAAUUAACUGUUAUGAAUCAAAGUCCCAGCAAAUAUGAAAGAAGGUUCUACAUUUUGAAAGGAAAGGAGAUAGGUGAGAGUCUUUCUCAGAUUAUGGCCAAAACAAAAAAAAAGAAUGGAAACCGAGCCAGUCAUGAAUAUAGUAAUAAAUGGCUUCCCACCACUGAAAUCACCAUUGAUGUCAGUGCUGCUUCUGAGUUAACGCCAUUAUAAAUAGACAAGACAAAAUCAGAUGAAAUACUACAGUCAGGAACACCGUUUCGCAUCAAACAUUUAUGAGUAGAGAGCGCCUGAAUGAUGGCAUCAAAAAGCCAUUUAUGUUAUUGUCCCUUCAGGGCACGAAGUUUGAUGGCAGACAGUGUGUCAAAUAUGUCAAAACUCUACUAUUUUAUUUAAAAAAAAUAGAAAAAUGUGGUACACACAUCCUCUAUAGAUGAGGGGUUUCAUUAUAUUUCCAGGGUUGGUUUUAGCGACCAGACUAUUUAGGAUUUUUAAUCUAUCACUGCCUCCCUGAAGUGAACUUUCUUCUUGUUUGUAUUGUGUGUUAUUUAUUCCUCUGUAGCUCUCAUAGUGCCCUUCCAACUCACAAAUAACUCCCCCCUUUGUCCAAACAACCCACCCACCCCACCUUUUUGUUAACACUGAUUAUGUUUGUGGACUCUCACAGACAUUGUAAAACUAAGAAUUCUGCAGCAGAAUAUUUUUGGAGACAAUUGCUGUACAGUAUUUGUAAGCUCUAUUUUUGUAUAUUGCUAUUUUGGAGAAAAUAAUAUGCAUUUUUUUUUCUUUUUGUGUUUUUGCUAAUUUCAUGUUUAUUCAUUUUAAGAAAAUGUUGCAUGUGACUGACUUGAACUGUAAAUAAAAUUUCCAAGUUUUGGAAAGAU